AGAUUCGUGGGGGGAGCCGAGGUUCCGGGAAGGGGCUGAGCAGGCUUGAAAAGAGAUUGUGACUGUACCUUUUAAUUUUGUAGCUGGAACACAAGAAGUGUUUAAUGAAUGACUUAUCCAUUUAGGAUCCAUUUAGACCUUAAGGAUAAUCCUGUGAAUUGCUGAUAGUUCACUGGGUUUGGCCCUUAGUGCUGAUUUCAGUAUGCUGCGACGAAAACCAACACGCCUGGAGCUGAAACUUGAUGACAUUGAGGAGUUUGAGAGCAUUCGAAAGGAUCUGGAGGUGCACUCAAUCCUGCAGACCAAAGUGUGAGGAAGACUCACCAUUAUCUUUCCCUUCCUCAUACUGCCUAUGAGUAUCUGCAGCUGUGUGGCCACAACAAUGAUCUGGAGCCAAGUCUACUUUCGGCCGAGCAACCGUGCGGGAAUUUGCCCUGCCGGAAAGCAUCACGCCGCUGCGGCACUUUACGACGUCGGCAGUGACAGGCCCUGGAGCCUUGGGAAUAUCCGGCUUCUUUCCCGCUGCCGGGUGAAAGCCAACGCAAUGUUCGGUGCGGGGGACGAGGAGGACACGGAUUUCCUCUCGCCCAGCGGCGGUGCCAGAUUGGCCUCUCUUUUUGGACAGGAUCAGGCAGCUUCUGGCCAUGGAAAUGAAUUCUUCCAGUACACAGCCCCAAAGCAACCUAAGAAAGGCCAAGGUACAGCAGGAUCAGGAAAUCAGGCAACACCCAAAAUGGCACCAACCACCAUGGGAACGUCCACAGUGCUGUUUGCAACAGCAGUCCAUGCAUAUCGAUACACAAAUGGUCAAUAUGUAAAGCAGGGCAAAUUUGGUGCUGCAGUCCUGGGGAACCACACAGCCAGAGAGUAUAGGAUUCUUCUUUAUCUCAGUCAGCAACAGCCAGUUACUGUUGCUAGGAUUCAUCUGAACUUUGAGCUAAUGGUUCGGCCCAAUAACUAUAGCACCUUUUAUGAUGACCAGAGACAAAACUGGUUCAUCAUGUUUGAGUCGGAAAAGGCCGCCGUGGAGUUCAAUAAACAGGUUUGCAUUGCCAAGUGCAACAGUACCUCUACCCUGGAUGCGGUGCUCUCCCAGGACCUCAUUGUGGCAGAGGGCCCUGCUGUAGAGGUUGGAGAUUCUUUGGAAGUGGCCUAUACUGGCUGGCUCUUUCAGAAUCAUGUGCUGGGUCAGGUAUUUGACUCUACUGCUAACAAAGAUAAAUUGCUUCGCCUGAAAUUGGGGUCAGGAAAGGUCAUCAAGGGCUGGGAGGAUGGAAUGCUGGGCAUGAAAAAAGGAGGGAAGCGCUUGCUUAUCAUCCCUCCAGCCUAUGCUGCUGGCUCUGAAGGGGUAAUAGGCUGGACUCAAGCAACGGACUCCAUCUUGGUGUUCGAGGUGGAGGUCAAGCGGGUGAAGUUUGCCAAAGAUUCCGGUUCUGAUGGGCACAGUGUUAGUUCCCAGGAUUCUGCAGCUCCUUCUCCGAUCCCUGGUGCUGACAACCUCUCAACUGAUCCUGUUGUGUCACCACCCAUAUCAGUGCCUUUUAAAUCAGGGGAGCCAGCUCUUCGAACCAAAUCUAACUCACUCAAUGAACAACUUACAAUGAAUACAAGUUCUGAUGCAGUCAAGGCCAAGUUGAUCUCUCGGAUGGCUAAAAUGGGCCAGCCCAUGCUGCCCAUCCUUCCACCACAGCUGGAUUCCAAUGAUUCAGAAAUCGAAGAUGUGAACACACUGCGAGGAGCUGGGCAGCCCAUGGUGACUCCGUCUGUCCAGCCCUCUCUUCAGCCAGCCCAUUCAGUGUUACCACAGAUGACCUCACAGGCACCUCAGCCAUCUGUUUCUGGGCUCCAAGCACCCUCUACUGCCUUAAUGCAGGUUGCACCUCUCGAUUCCCACUCAGCUAUCUCUGGAAAUACCCAGUCCUUUCAGCCCUAUGCAGGUGUGCAAGCCUAUGCUUAUCCCCAGGCAUCUACCAUCACCUCCCAGCUGCAGCCUGUUCGGCCCUUGUACCCAGCACCACUCUCUCAGCCUCCCCAUUUUCAAGGAUCAGGUGACAUGGCUUCAUUUCUCAUGACCGAAGCCCGGCAACACAACACUGAAAUUCGAAUGGCAGUCAGCAAAGUGGCUGAUAAAAUGGAUCAUCUCAUGACUAAGGUUGAAGAGUUGCAGAAACAUAGUGCUGGCAAUUCCAUGCUUAUUCCUAGCAUGUCAGUUACCAUGGAAACAAGCAUGAUUAUGAGCAACAUCCAGCGCAUCGUUCAGGAAAAUGAAAGAUUGAAGCAAGAGAUCCUUGAAAAGAGCAGUCGGAUAGAAGAACAGAAUGACAAGAUUAGUGAACUAAUUGAACGAAAUCAGAGAUAUGUUGAACAGAGUAACCUGAUGAUGGAGAAGAGGAACAACUCACUUCAAACAGCCACAGAAAACACACAGGCAAGAGUAUUGCAUGCUGAACAAGAGAAGGCCAAGGUGACAGAGGAGUUAGCAGCAGCCACUGCACAGGUCUCUCAUCUGCAGCUGAAAAUGACUGCUCACCAAAAGAAGGAGACAGAGUUGCAGAUGCAGCUGACAGAAAGCCUGAAGGAAACAGACCUUCUUAGGGGCCAGCUCAUCAAUCUGCAGACAAAGCUCUCAGAACUCCAGGAAACCUCUGAGCAAGCACAGUCCAAAUUCAAAAGUGAGAAGCAGAGCCGGAGACAACUGGAACUCAAGGUGACAUCCCUGGAAGAGGAACUGACUGACCUUCGAGCUGAGAAGGAGUCUCUGGAAAAGAACCUCUCAGAAAGGAAAAAGAAGUCUGCUCAAGAACGUUGUCAGGCCGAGGAGGAGAUAGAUGAAAUUCGCAAGUCAUACCAGGAAGAAUUGGACAAGCUUCGACAGCUCUUGAAAAAGACUCGGGUGUCCACAGACCAAGCAGCUGCAGAGCAGCUCUCUUUAGUGCAGGCUGAACUACAAACCCAGUGGGAAGCAAAAUGUGAACAUUUGUUGGCCUCUGCCAAGGGUGAGCACCUGCAGCAAUACCAAGAAGUGUGUGCACAGAGAGAUGCCAACCAGCAGAAGCUGACACAACUUCAGGAAAAGUGUUUAGCCCUCCAGACCCAAGUUACAGCUCUCACAGAGCAAAAUGAACAGUACGUCAAGGAACUAGAGAAGAACAAGUCCCAGGUGUCUGGGAUUGAAGCUGCUGCUACUGACCCCUCAGAAAAGGUUAAGAAGAUCAUGAACCAGGUGUUUCAGUCCUUACGGGGAGAGUUUGAGCUGGAGGAAUCUUACAAUGGCAGGACCAUUCUGGGGACCAUCAUGAAUACGAUCAAGAUGGUGACUCUUCAGCUGUUAAACCAACAGGAACAAGAGAAGAAAGAGAGCAGCAGUGAAGAAGAAGAAAAAGGAGAAGAGCGACCACAGAGGCCUUCCCCGGAGCAGUCAGUCUCAGCCAAUUCGGGGCUGUCACAAGCACCCCAUAGUAGAGAGAGGCAGGAGUCCCCUGUGGUGCCAUCGGAGCAGGUGGUCAAGGAAAUUGUCUCUUUGCCUCCUCAGCCCCUCCCCACUCCUCAGGAUGAUGGUCAGAGAGGGAAAGGGGAGCCCUCAGAAGCAGACACACUCUCAGAGAUAAAAGAUAGUUUCCUCCUACCUGAACUUCCUAGCAUCCCAUCCCGGAGAGUUCUGGGACCCCCGACUUCGAUUCCACCCAAGCCUCCAGGCCCUGUAGCUGUGGACUCUGAGUGUGAGGAGACACUUGCUGCCAGUCCCAUGGCAGCUAAGCCUGACAACCCAUUGGGAAAAGUCUGUGUCAGGGAAGUAGCCCCACUUGGCCCACUGUUGGAAAGCUCCACAAGACUGUCCCUGACUGCAGAUCCUGAGAAGGGAGACCCACUGUCCUUAGGGCCUGAAAGCCCAGCAGGAGAGCCUGAGCCUCCAGAGCUCAAUAAAGAUGAGGAUGUCACUAGCUCCACUGGUCCCUCUGAGGAGCUGUCUAGCACAGAGGCAGGUUCUAUAGCUGCAGGAGCAGCCAUCAGACCCAACCAUCGUUCUCAGCAUUCCAGUCUCUCUGGAGAUGAAGAGGAUGAACUGUUUAAAGGGGCAACUCUGAAAGCCCUGAGACCCAAAACACAGCCCGAGGAGGAGGAGGAUGAAGAUGAGGUGAGCAUGAAGGGACGUCCACCUCCAACACCCCUUUCUGAAGAUGACGAUGAUGACGAUGAUAUUGACUGGCUGGGAUGAAGACCCAGGAAACUGGUGCAAAGGUUUCUCUACAACCCUUCCUUAAGCAUGAUUUUGCACAGUCAAUGUUGGGUCUAGGUGAGCCACAGGGUGAGGUCAAGGUGAGCAUUCUGGGACAAUAGUUCGGGCAUCUGAGUAAGCACCUUCUGAACCCCCUGCCUGAACUGGUGAAGAGGAGCAUUACCCUGUCUUCAGAAACACUGGGUUUUCAGCAGCUAGCUAGAGGAAGGGCUGAUAGAUUCCCCUCCAGCCAGUCACCUGCAAGAGUCCUGCCUUCUUCCAAGAUUUUAAUUAUCUUCAUUAAUUCUCAGACUGACUAGGGAACCCUCCACCACAACUGCCCAGUCUCAACUAUGCCGCAGCAACAAGACCUAUCACCUGAGUUGAAGUCUCCCUGGUAGAACUGAGGGGAGGGUAUACCAUCUAGAUACUGGUACAGUUCACAGCCUAGUCUGUAGCCCUGAGACAUGUAUCUUUUUUAUCUGCCUUAAAUCUUAUACAAGAGGUCAAUGAAUAUUUGAAAAUAAAAUGUCUAAUGAAACUUG